AAUCCCCCAUUUUCAGCCGCCUCCAGAUUUCGCGCUCCCAUUUCUACAAAAUCGGCCGUCGAAUCGAAAUCCCUACUACAUCGAAGAAGCCUCGAGGGAACUCUAGCUUGAUUCCAAAGUUUGGGUUGAAUUUUUUAGAUUUGUAGUUGCUAAAGAUGGGGGAUUCUACUCCAACUAUUGAUACCACUCAUAGUGAAAGAGUGGGGAUUCUACUCCAACUAUUGAUACCACUCAUAGUGAAAGAGUGGGGAUUCUACUCCAACUAUUGAUACCACUCAGAGUGAAAGAGUGGGGAUUCGAGAUGAUUCCAAGUCUAAGAAGAGAAAGAACUUCUAUAGUUAAGAAGAGAAAGAACUUCUAUAGUUUGGAAUCAUUUUACACAUGAGAACCCGGCGUAAAUGGGAAGAACGUCAGGUGCAAUAAAUGUGGUCAAAGAUGGAAAUAUGAAGGUACGAAACAAGGAACUUCUACUUUAAAUCGUCAUAUGUUGGUUUGUAAGAAGAAAUCAAAGUUUGGAGAUGUGGGCGUUAUGUUUGUCGAGCACCAGGAGAAGUUAGAGGUUAAAAAUAAUGCAAUCGAUCAAAAAAUUUGUUGGGAUUGGAUGACUAAGAUAUCAGUUGCACAUAAUCUUCCAUUGAAUUGGGUUGAAUGUGACGCAAUGAGAGGUUUUUUUGAAGUAUUUGAAUCCGGAUAUAGAAUUUAUAUAUGGAGAUACUCAUGCCUUGGAUGUGAUGAAUUUGUAUGGAUCUAAAAAGCAGAAAUUGAAGUUCAGAUUGAGUAAUGUUUGGGGGAUGUUGCGCUUGACAUGUGAUGUUUGGACCGCUUGUACUAAUUUGGGUUAUAUUUGUUUAACUGCACAUUUUGUGGAUGAAAACUGGAAAUUGAAUAGCAAAAUACUUGCAUUUUGUUCUAUGCCUCCUCCACAUUCUGGAAUCGAAAUAGCUCGAAAGGUUUAUCAUAUUUUGGCAGAUUGGAAAAUAGAUAGGAAAGUCUUUUCUUUGACUUUGGACAGUUCGUCUGCUAAUAAUGACAUGGUGGAAAUAUUGAAGAUGCGACUUGGUUUGCAGAACUCAUUAUUAUGCAAUGGUGAGUUUUUCCGCGUGAAAUGUUGUUCACAUCUCUUGACUCUUAUGGUCCAAGAAGGAUUGGAAGUUGCUAGUGAAGCUUUAGAUAAGAUUAGAGAUAGUAUCAAAUACGUAAAAGCAUCAGAAGCUAGAAUGAUUAAGUUUAAGGAGUGUGCUCGGAAAACCGGUAUUGAAUUACCUUCUUCUCUUUGCUUGGAUGUGCCAACUCAUUGGGAAUCCAUAUAUUUGAUGUUUGAUAGUGGAAUUAAAUGUCGACGUGUUUUUUGUUUGCUUGAAUUUGAGGAUUUGGCUUAUAUGUAUCGUCCGACGGAAGAAGAGUGGAAUAGAGAACUGAUGCUUAAAUUUUUGGAGCCAUUUUACAAUAUUUCAACUAUGAUUUCCGGAUCAUCCAGUCCUACUUCCGGUUUCUUUUUUCUAGAACUUUGGAAGAUUGCACACUUUGUGUCUAUAAAUUAUAGAAGUCAAGAUGAAGAGGUGAAGUCUAUGUCUCAUUCGAUGAAUUUAAAGUUUGCACCAUAUUGGGAGGAGCAUAGUGAAAUUCUUUCCAGGCGCAGUGUUCGACCCAAGGAUAAAACUGAAUUUAAAAGGUUAAACGUAAAGUAA